GCCCGUAUUAUCAGGGCUGGCAGGAAUGUCGGAACUGUCACGCGAACUAAUACGGUUCUAAGAGUGCUGUUGUUCAGCACCUAUGCCUGAGCAGCUCGCUGCGACAACGCGAGUAACCGCGGAAUUCACCAUCCACACCCUAAAUUCGGGGCAUCCAUAACGUGCCACCAAAGCAGCUUGCAAAUGUCGCGAGACACCGUCGGCCAACCUAAUCAGUUAGUAGGGCAUCCGCCACCGCCACAUGCAAGUUAGAGAGAAAAACGGACGCACAUGACACCAGGGGCGUGGAGAAAGAUGUAGGCAUCCCACUGGGCUAUAUGGAGACGCAGAAACGAUAAGACCUAUCUUUUCUCGCCUGUUAAACAUAGCUGUGCUGGCGCUGAGCCCAAUCACAUACCACUGGAACCCUCAAAUCCUCAUGCUGCAGACUCUUGUUGCCAAAGACAAACUUGUAUCACUGAGCUUAUAUAUUUGCUUGUUCUUGCCCAAAGCAUUUUGUGGCACAAACUACGCCUCCGGACUGAGCCUUGCGCUGCUUACGUCUACCUUUGCGCAUGCAUGCAUCGGAGCGGUUAUCGACCGAAGCUGCGAACGGCCGUCAAUGAUAUUUCCGAACCCCAAUGUCAUUUCCAGCCCCAUCAACCGGAUCCCUGGCACCAUCCGCUCCACAAAUCAGUCGACGGAUCGUCAAAUACACCCACCCCUUUGGCUGCAUCUCUCGCUGCGUUGGUCCGGUACCGGCGUCUCACUGCUUCACUGUCGGACUCACACAACAUGGAGGGAUCCCAAGCUUUGGGAAAGCCCAAUCUGCGACGGAAGCUCCCUCUCCUCGCUGUCUCGAUGUUCCUCGUAGGAAUGGGUUUGGAGACGGCUAUGUGUCUGUCGGGCUUCUACUCCGUGUAUACUGUGAAUGAAGCUAAGCGAAAGGCAGAAGAAGAAGUGAGAGAAGAAGAGUUCUGGCAGCGCGUUCGCGACAGAAGAGCGGCACGACAAGCCGCUGUAACCAUUUCGUCGGAGGAGUAAAGACGAACUGGAGGAAGCGACGGCUCGUGUUCAACUCGCACGUGCCGGCAUAUGCAUAACUUGAAUAUAUAUAUAUAUAUAUAUAUAUAUAUAUAUAUGCGUACGCGACUAUACUUUUAUAUGCGCAUAUGCCAAUGAGUUUUUGAAUCUGACAGGUUUUUAUGUCUUUUUGUUUCCGAGAAGAUCUUACACAAUAUACCUCUGCAUUUACUCGUAGUGUUCAGCCGUUUUCUUCAUUCCUUUCUACUAAGAAUGAACUGUCGACAACCUCCGCCCUCCGUGUUUCUGGACCACACAAACACAUCGGCGAGGACCUGUCGCGUGUCGUGUGGUACCUCUUGCGUUUUUCAACGGGAUUGGCCGCAUAAUCCUAUUGGA